UCACCAACAAUCACACAUAACUAUAUUGGGCGGUGCAGUGUAUGCCCGUACCAUUUAUCAACCACAUAACCGCGCAUCAAUUGCCAAUAUAACAAAUAAAUGUUUUGAACUACGUCGCCAUUUUUGACACGGCUCGAAAUCAUCGAAAACACAAACGCACACAAACACACACCCAGAGAUACCAGAGCUGAAAAGAAAAACCGUGUUUUGCUUGCGUGUGUUUGUUUGUUAGUGUUUGUUUGUCUGCUGUGUGGUUACGUCUAGGAAUUUUUUGUUGGCACGCAUGGACAGCAGAGACGUUAUUAGCAUUAUUAGUGCACAAUAAAGCGAAACUAAAACCACUGAUUUUCAACCACCGCUACAGCAACGGCGACGUGUACACGCAUCAGCAUCUGAGCAUCGUCAUCGGCAUCACCAGGAGGAGCAACAAAUAGAAGCGCAACUGUGAUUUUUCCCUCAUACGAAUCAGAAUGGCCAAGACGUACGACUAUCUGUUCAAAUUGCUGCUAAUCGGAGACUCUGGAGUGGGCAAGACCUGCAUAUUGUUUCGGUUCUCCGAGGAUGCGUUCAACACCACCUUUAUAUCCACAAUAGGUAUCGAUUUUAAAAUUAGAACAAUUGAAUUAGAUAACAAGAAAAUCAAACUUCAAAUAUGGGACACUGCCGGCCAGGAGCGCUUCCGCACAAUUACCACGGCCUACUACAGAGGUGCCAUGGGCAUUAUGCUUGUGUAUGACAUCACCCAGGAAAAGUCGUUCGAGAACAUCAAGAACUGGAUCAGAAAUAUCGAAGAAAAUGCCUCCGCCGAUGUCGAGAAAAUGCUGCUGGGCAACAAGUGCGAAUUGCACGAUAAGCGUCAGGUUUCAAAGGAGCGUGGCGAGCAAUUGGCAAUCGAGUAUGGCAUCAAGUUCAUGGAGACCUCAGCGAAAGCCAGCAUUAAUGUGGAAGAAGCUUUCCUCACCCUAGCCAGUGAUAUCAAAGCGAAAACAGAAAAGCGAAUGGAGGCGAACAACCCACCCAAGGGCGGACAUCAGCUAAAAACGCUAGACAGUCGGACAAAGGAUAGUUGGCUGUCCAGAUGCAGUCUGCUUUGACGUGGCUGCAAUAUGUGGCUGACGGCACUGAUAAUGAUGCGGAAUGGUGGUAACAAUUACGAUUACACUGUAUGUGGAGGAAGUAGUUUUCUUAGCUCCUGUUAGAUCCGAUCCCCACGUGACACCGAAUAACUGAAACAACAAAACAUCCCAAACAAAAGCCAGCUCCUGCUCUUCUCUCCCAUAACACGCGCGAUAAUGGAAUAGAAACAUUGAUUGCAUUAUGAAAAAAGUUAUUAAAUAAAGUAUAUGACGACAGUGUGUGUGCGAAAUAUA